AUGAGUGUCAAGCACUCAGACGACCAAACAACAUCCAAAUCGUUCGGUUCAAGUGAUGGCUCCGCCAGUGAUGCAAAAGAUACAGCAGACACUCCACCGCUCUACAAGGUUGCUACCAAUGACACAAUAUUCUUCAAUGCCUUGCAUCUGUUUAGAAUAAGCAGAAAGCAUGCCGUCCUAGCCACAUUAUACCUCACAAUUUUCCUUUCGGCUCUUGAUGUCACCAUUGUGGGAACUGCCCUUCCCAGGAUCACAAGCCAUUUCAAAGCUUCCGCUGCGCAAUAUACUUGGGUUGGAAGCUCAUACACCCUAGCAAGCACUUCAACUACGCCAUUAUGGUCAGGGGCUUCAGAUGUCUUCGGACGGAAACCCGUCCUGAUGUCCGCAAAUCUUGCUUUCCUUAUCGGUAGCACUAUUGCCGGUUCAAGUACAUCUAUAGGGAUGCUCAUCGCAGGAAGGACCAUUCAAGGCUGGGGUGCUGGUGGGUUAAUGAUAUUGAGUACCAUCGUCAUCGCAGACAUGUUUGCGUUUGAAGAUAGAGCAAAGUACUAUGGCUUCACGGGAGUGAUCUUUGCGGUGGCUUCUGCUGUUGGUCCAUUGCUUGGAGGAGUGUUCACUCAGUCUGCAGGCUGGCGAUGGUGUUUCUACAUCAAUCUUCCGCUCGAAGGCAUUUCACUUGUCGUGCUCUUGGUCUUCUUCAAUUUGAAGAAGUCCGCUGAAAAGCCAUUACAAUCUCUUCUGCACUUCGACUGGGUAGGGGGUGCUGGCAUCCUCGGAGGUACCAUCGCGUUUCUUCUUGGCCUUGAGUCUGGUGCAAGCGUCCAGUAUUCUUGGAAAUCUGCCUAUACACUAGGGCUACUGAUUGGAGGACUGGUCAUACUUGGCUUGAGCUUUCUAUGGGAGUCGGGAUGGGCUAAGCAACCGCUGAUACCGGUCAAAUUACUCAUUGGUCGGUCCAAUUUGGCAGCAUUGUCAGCAGCAUUCGGCCAUAGCAUGGUCUUCAUUGCUUACGAUUUCUAUCUUCCACUAUACUUCCAAGUGGUCCUUCAUGCCACUCCUAUAAUGUCUGGAGUAUAUCUCCUGGCCUUGAUAGUACCCCUAUCUAUGAUGUCAUACGCGACCGGCCUUUACAUCAGGAAGACGAACAAGUAUACUUGGACAGCACGACUCGGAUCCGCUCUGAUGACACUCGGAACUGGCUUGUACAUAAGUUUGGGUCCAUCUGCCAAUUUUCCUAAGAUCAUCCUAUACCAGUUGGUCGCUGGAAUCGGUGGUGGGAUGCUCUUCUUAUCACCUAUGAUGGCUAUUCAAGCCCACCUCCCUCCAGAGAGCAUGGCAUCUGGUCUUUCAGGGUUUUCAUUUCUUCGAAAUCUGGGCACUGCGAUCUCAAUUGUAAUUGGAGGCGUGAUCCUUCAGAAGGGCUUGGGAACAAACAUGCUCACAGCUGGACAUGGGAACGAUGCUGCAACGUCCAUCACCCCUGAGAAAUAUACCUCUUCCUUGCAGGUUAUGUGGAUAUUCUACACUGCAAUCUGUGGCGUAAUGCUUCUAGCCUCUCUGCUAAUAGUGCAAAAGGCGCGACCGGCAGCCAAGGAACCAGGAGAUGAUGAUGAAAAGCAGACACAAUCGCAAAGUUCGGAGGCUGUUUCCGGAGAAAAAGUUUAA